AUGCCUCUGCCUCCACGCCCGGCCCAUAGCUCCCUGGAGUUGAUCGGGAACACCCCGGUAGUACAACUGCGCCAUGUCGUUCCCGAUGACUGCGCCCAAAACUUCCUGAAGCUAGAAUCUGUCAACCCCACCGGCUCAUACAAGGAUCGCAUGGCCAAGUCAAUGGUCGAGGAGGCUGAACACCGGGGAGAUCUGAAACCUGGGAUAACGGUCGUGGAAGCCACAGGGGGCAGCACGGGGUCCUCCCUCGCCUUCGUCUGUGCAGUCAAGGGCUACCAAUUCCACGUAGUGUCGUCGAAUGCAUUUGCUGUGGAGAAGCUGCGAACUAUGGAGGCUUUCGGCGCAAAUAUUGACCUGGUCCAGAGUCCCUCUGGUAAGAUCACGGCAGAUCUCAUACCCUCGAUGAUACGCCGCGCAGAAGACGUUGCGGAAGGCAAGAACUAUUAUUUCACCAAUCAAUUCAAAAACCGGGAUGCGUUGAUUGGAUUUGAAGCCAUUGGCCAGGAGCUGCGUCAGCAGUUUCCUGAGAGAAUCGAUGCCUUCUGUGGUGCGGUUGGCACUGCUGGAAUGGUAAUGGGGCCGCGCGAAUUCUCAAAGCGAAGUGGCCCAAUACGCACAUUGCUGUUCUCGAGCCGGCAUCUUCACCUACAAUCACCGAGGGUCGUCCUGGGACCCAUCAUGUCGGGUACCUCUGCUGUUCCGCCCAGAUUCACUCGCUGUGUGGUGGCACUUGUCUCGGUUCCUCUUCUGAAUUAA